UUUUCGGUCCAAUUUGGAAUCCAUGAUUUCGGAAGCUGGUUGCGCAACCCGAUGAACCGCCGCCCCGCUUCCCUCCGAUCCCUCGCCGUUGCCGCCACUGGUGACACCGUCACCUCGACCGUUAUGUCUUCUAGACCUUGUUUGAGAGGACGGCGUCCGCAGCACAGCAGAGGCUUCUCCGACAAACCAUUGAAUUCAACGAGCGGUGAAUUCGUGUCUGGGGAUUCUCAUUUCCAAGCAGUUCGAACUACCAACCGUGGUUUUCGACCCAGUUACAAUGCUGUCCCUCCGCCUCCUCGCUAUGGAACGGGUCAUAACUUUUAUGUAUCCGACACGCUGCCUCACCGGCAUGGCCCUCCUUACUCGCAGCAGUUUCCCGGACAACGGCCUUACAGGCACCCACAGCAGGCGGGACCCGCUUUUGGCAAUUCUCAGCAAUUUAGACCACAGCAAAUGCGGCCACAGUUUAGGCCUAGACCAUCGAAGCCUCCAGACUAUCGUCACUGGGAGUACGCUAAAACCGUGCCGCCUCCUAAUUGUGAACUGUUCACUGUUCUCUCGUAUAACAUACUAGCUGAUUACUUGGUCAACGAUCAUUGGCACAAACUGUACUUUCAUAUUCCUCGUAACAUCAUGGAAUGGAAUUGGCGCAAGAGAAGUUUAUGUUUUGAGCUGGGAUUGUGGUCAGCUGAUAUUUUGUGUUUCCAGGAGGUUGAUCGGUUCCAAGACUUAAAGGCAGAACUUAAUACCCAUGGAUACGAUGGCAUUUGGAAGAUGCGAACUGGUGAUCCUGUUGACGGCUGUGCUAUCUUUUGGCGUGCUUCAAGAUUCAAGUUGUUGCAUGAAGAAUCAAUAGAAUAUAAUAGGUUUGGUCUUCGAGAUAAUGUUGCCCAGAUUUGUGUUUUUGAGUCUCGGAGUGAAUUGAAGAAGAGUGAUGCGGCAUCUACUCUAUCAACAAGCACAGAAUGCUCUAACAGAGUUGUUGUCUGCAACAUCCAUGUGCUUUUCAAUCCUAAGAGAGGAGAUGUUAAGCUUGGGCAGAUUAGAUUGCUACUGGAGAGAGCACAUGCUAUAUCUAAACGCUGGGAUCAUGCUCCUGUAGUUAUUUGUGGGGAUUUUAACUGCACCCCAAAGAGUCCCAUGUACAACUUUAUCAAAGAACAAAAGCUAGAUUUGUCAGAGCUACCUCGAAAUAAGGUCUCUGGGCAAGAAACAGCCCAAUUACACCCAUCCUUUCCUCCUUAUCCAGAUUACAGGAAAGAAGCUUCAGUUAAUUCUAUGUCAACUUCUCAAGUAAAUGGUGACAAACCAGAGCAAGUAGGUUUUCCUGUGGAUGCACAGAAGAUAGCUGGUCUUUGUAGUUCUACAGAUUCUGUGGCAAACAAUUCCAAAUCUGUAAUUUCAGCAGUUGAUAAAACCUCUGAGUCUUCAAUUGGCAAAGAAUGUGAAGGUAGGAGUGCUAAUGAUUUGGCAAAUCAUUAUACAACAGAUAGUUUUGCAAGUGAAAACAUAUCAAAGCAUGGCCCUCCUGAAAGCUUGCAUGGAAGGUAUACUAGUGUUCAAAAUGAUGCCAAACCUUCCAUUGGAGUUUCAGGUGGAGAUUUGGAUUCUUCAUCUAUAGACACUAAGGCAACUGGAGUUGGAGAAUGUUAUGAAUCACAGUUACAAUCCCCAGAUAACAAGAUUGAAAUUUCAUCUUUGCCAGAUGAUCAUUCAAGUGAUUUUGCUAGAACAUCAGAGUUUACAGGGACCAAUAAUUCAGAUACACCAAAAGUUGAGGAAACUUAUGAAAAGCUGCCUCCUCAUUCUCUUGAUGUUGCUUUUUCAGAACACAAGGGAACCGCCUCAGCAGCAAUAGAUAGUCGUGAUAGGCCAUCCAUUGGAUUUUCUUUGUACGAUUCUGUAAGUGCUGAUUUUGCAUUGGAUGAGAAAUUUGAGCUACUGUCGCUUAGUAAACCAGAUGAUUGUUCUAGGGAUGAGCCGCAUGAAGAUUCUGAGACAUUUUUAUCUGAAUUACAUUAUGGCGAAAGCCUCUUUUCAGAUGAUUUAGGUUUCAGUUCUUCCAACCAAAAGUUGCACUCUAACAUUCAUCCAAAUCUCCAUGACCCCCUUUAUGUUGAAGAUGAGAUUAUAGUUAAUGCAACAGAUGUACACUCAUCUUGGACUCCAGCAGAAAUACAAACCGCAACAGGUAGUUCAGAUUGCAAGGUCAUGGAACACCCUUUAAAAUUGAGCAGUACAUAUGCAGAAGUUGAGAGUCCUUCAGGAUCAAGAGAUUCCAGUGGUGAACCUCUCAUGACUAGCUAUCACAGACGAUUUGCAGGGACAGUUGAUUACAUUUGGUAA